AAGACAGACUUUGAUAUGACUUGGCCAGGAGCAAGCAAGGACAAAGAUGUUCAUGGAAAGGUUUAUCGAAUUACAUUUAACUGUCAAUAUAAAAGGCCUGGUAAUAGUAAUGGGCAAAUAACUGGUUGUUUGAUGCUUAAAACCACCGGAACUGUUAGAAUUGAUCAUCCAGGCCUUCCCGAAAAAUCUUCGUCGGUGUUCGCAAGAUCGUCUGAACCAACAACUGAAAUAUCUUCACCAUCAUCUUCACCAUCUCUUCCACUGUCACCAUCAACAGCACCAACACCCAGUGAAUUUUUAUCAACCCAGUCAUUUAGAACAACAUCACCAUGGACCAUCCACUCUUCAUCUCGGGAAAUCCUUGUAAUUCCAUCAUCUACUAAGGAUAUCUCACCUUCAAUCACUCAGUGGCCUCUUUCUCCAUCGAGUGUGAAAGAGGAACAAGUGGACCUUUUUACUAACGUAAUUACAUCAACAACGAUUGAACAUCGGGAUUCCGUGGAAGCAGUGAUCUCCUUCUCCACCUUCAUUUCCAACACGGUGUCUCCUACUAGUUUUUCUAGAAACGAAAGGCAAAUUUCGGGGAAUGAUGAAAACACACUGGUGUAUGUGAUUGUUCCCAUUAUGGUUGUUGUUGUCGUUAUAGUCACAUUUGCUGUGGUUCGCUUUACCAUGAUACGUGAGAAGAAGAAAAUGACAAAGAAAUGUGAAAGCAAGUCUAACAUUAUUAUGUCAGAUCUCAAUAAUGGUAAAAAUGAAAAAGACGAACUCUACACAGAUUUAGACAGAUCUGCAGUCAACGCUGAAUCAAAUUACCAGGCGUUGACUCUUCCUGGCGCUGUAAAUAAGCGUCAAACCAUUACGACGAAUGCAUACAACAAAAAUAUGCGUCAAGUUCAAAAUGCAAACGACUGUCUAUAUGCAGAUGCUGACCGUGUGUACAGUACAAUUGAACCUGAAAUAACUGAUGACGGAAAACAGGGUGCAAAAAUUAACCAGGCAUUUGAUGUUAACGAGAACGAUCAUGAGUACAGCAUUUUGGAACAAACAGAACAAGGCACGAUUACUUGUCCUACUUCAAUACAGCAAGAUCCCUCGCCCUCUGUUCAUGCGCGUACUAUGGACACUGCCCCGAUUUAUGUGUCCUUCGAAGACGAUAAGAAAAACAAAAUAACUACCGCAGCUGAUUAUGUCACUAUUUUGUCGCCAGAACCCUGCCAAUUGAAUGGAUCGCUUUAUGCGGACUUGUCUGAUCAGAGAGGUGGUGGAAAUCAGUAUGAAAGUUUGGUGAAGCGAAAGAAAUGAAGAAGUGGGCGAACAUUUUGAUUUAGGAGUGGAUAAAAAUACGUAGUUAAUUUCAUUAUUACUUAAUUUAUAAUUCUUUUCUUGCUUUCCGACAGACGAAGCAUUUUGCACAUUGGUGCAAAG